AUGCCGGGCCCUCCAGCGACGGCUCCUCCGCCGGAGCCCAUCGAACGCCCUCCGACUCCCCCUCCCCCGCCGCCAGAGGACUCCGCGGCUCCUCCGCCACCUCCAGACAUGUCCGCUCCUCCGCCGCCGCCGCAAGACGAACUGCCUCCAGCGCCAGAACCCAAGAAGAAAAAGCUCGGAUGGGGCAGUAAGCGGCCGGCUGCGGCGCCGCUGAGUGUGGAAGAGCUCGUGCGGAAGAAGAGGGAGGCUGAUGCGGCGGCAGCAAAACCAAAAUUCCUGUCUAAAAAAGAACGUGAGAAAAUCGCCCUGGAGAAACGCGCCAAAGAGGUCGAACAAUCCCGCCGUAAGACGUCUACCAACGGGGCCAGCGACACGGCGUCCGUCCGCUCGGAAUCCGCCACCCCGAAUGGUGUCGAUAGGACAGCCAGCAUUCCCACGGGCCCGCGCGCCAUGCGCACGUCUGAAGCACCGCCGCCGCCGAGACCGAGACACGACAGUAGCAGCAACGGCAACGGCAACAGCAACAGCAACAGCAACAGCAACGGGACGGUGGACGAGGACGAGGCGGCGGCGCAGGCGGCGCUCGUGAAGCAGCGGUACAUGGGGGCGGAGAUGACGUCGAGCUUCAGCGCGAAGAAGAAGCGCAAGCGGACGACGGACCGCAAGUUCAACUUUGAGUGGAACGCAGAGGAGGACACCAGCCGCGACUACAACCCGCUGUACGCGCAGCGGCACGAGGCGAACUUCUUCGGGCGCGGGCGCCUGGCGGGCUUCGGCGACGACGUGGCGGACGGGGUGGCGCGCAAGUACGCGGCGGCGCUGGAGGACCGCGACCGCGAGGCGGGCAGUGUGCGGGCGCGCGAGAUCCUCGAGAUGGAGCGGCGGCGGCGCGAGGAGAGCACGCGCAACCAGCUCGACAAGCACUGGAGCGAGAAGAAGCUCGAGCACAUGCGCGAGCGCGACUGGCGCAUCUUCAAGGAGGACUUCAACAUCGCCACCAAGGGCGGCAGCGUGCCCAACCCCAUGCGCUCGUGGGCCGAGUCCGGCCUGCCCUCGCGCCUGCUCGACCUCGUCCACCGCGUCGGCUACAAGGACCCGACUCCGAUCCAGCGCGCCGCCAUCCCCAUCGCCAUGCAGUCGCGCGACCUCAUCGGUGUGGCCGUCACAGGUUCCGGAAAAACGGCGGCCUUCCUGCUCCCGCUGCUGGUGUACAUCGCGGAGCUGCCGCGCAUCGACGAGUUCGAGUGGCGCAAGAACGACGGGCCGUACGCGAUCGUGCUCGCGCCGACGCGCGAGCUGGCGCAGCAGAUCGAGAUCGAGGCGAAAAAGUUCACCAUCCCGCUCGGCUUCACGGUCGUCAGCAUCGUCGGUGGCCACUCGCUCGAGGAGCAGGCGUACAGCCUGCGCAACGGCGCGGAGAUCAUCAUCGCCACGCCCGGCCGUCUCGUCGACUGCAUCGAGCGCCGGCUCCUCGUGCUCAGCCAGUGCUGCUACGUGAUCAUGGACGAGGCCGACCGCAUGAUUGACCUGGGCUUCGAGGAGCCCGUCAACAAGAUCCUCGACGCGCUGCCCGUCUCCAACGAGAAGCCCGACUCGGACGCCGCCGAAAACGCCGCCGCCAUGUCGCAGCUGCACCACGCCGGCGGCGGCCGCGACACCCGCUACCGCCAGACCAUGAUGUACACGGCCACCAUGCCGACGGCCGUCGAGCGCAUCGCCCGCAAGUACCUGCGCCGCCCCGCCAUCGUCACCAUCGGCAGCGCCGGCGAGGCCGUCGACACCGUCGAGCAGCGCGUCGAGCUCAUCGCCGGCGAGGACAAGCGCAAGAAGCGUCUCGGCGACAUCCUGUCGUCCGGCGAGUUCCGCCCCCCCAUCAUCGUCUUCGUCAACAUCAAGCGCAACUGCGACGCCAUCGCCCGCGAAAUCAAACAGUGGGGCUUCUCCUCAGUCACCCUGCACGGCUCCAAGACCCAGGAGCAGCGUGAGGCCGCCCUCGCCUCCGUGCGGAAUGGCUCCACCGACGUCCUCGUCGCCACCGACCUCGCCGGCCGCGGUAUCGACGUCCCCGACGUCAGCCUCGUCGUCAACUUCAACAUGGCCACCUCCAUCGAGAGCUACACCCAUCGUAUCGGUCGUACCGGUCGUGCUGGUAAAAGCGGUGUGGCGAUUACUUUCCUCGGCAAUGAGGAUGCCGAUGUCAUGUACGACCUCAAGCAGAUGCUCAUCAAGUCGCCCAUCUCCCGCGUCCCCGACGAACUGCGCAAGCACGAGGCCGCCCAGCAGAAGCCGACCCGCGGGUUCUCGAAGAAGAACGACGAGAGCUCCGCCUUUGGAGGGAAGGGCGGCUGGUAG